CAUCCGCAUGUUUCCAAACCCUUUUACACCAUUUCCCCCCAGAUAUCCCGGGCGGCGGGCAAGCGAGCUCAGCAGAUGUACGGUAGUGCACACACCACUUUCCCUUUCUGAAAAGAAUACUGAAAACGGAAAAUAACGUUACCCUCGGGUUACCCGGUCCACGCUGCGGAGAAUCACCUUUGGCAGUUUCUGCUUUCCCUCCAAACGAAGGUGGAGAAGUAAGAGGGGGACAAGUCGCGUACAUCCGGCUCCAAUCAACCCAAGGAUGGAUCCCACCACUUGGUACUGCCAAGGUCAUGGCAUUUGAUUUCAAGCUGCCCGUCAGUUUCUUGGCUGUCUGAAAACAACAAGUGGAAAAGUAGACUAUCAUGCCUCGGAGUCCUACGUCCAGUGAGGAAGAAAUGGCCCAGAGUGUCUCUGAUGGGUCUGGAGGUUUUGAGACAGACAGCUCCAAGGAGGAGGCUGGCCAUGGAGGACCUGGAGGGGAAAGGGCCAGCAGAAGGACCGACAGGAGGGCAGAGAAGGAUAAGGCCUCCCGCAGGGAGUCACUGGUCUUCUGUGUGGUCAUCCCUGACCUGCAGCAGUCUACAUGUAUGAGGUUUAAACCCGAGGCCACCGUAUGGGUUGCUAAACAGCAGAUCCUGUGUACACUGACCCAGACGUUGAGGGACGUGCUGAACUAUGGCCUGUUUCAGCCCGCCGUGGAGGGCCGCAAGUCUGGCUUCCUGGACGAAGAGCGCCCCCUCAAAGACUACCCUACUCCCGCCAGCAUCAAGGGGGUUCCAACUCUGGAGUUCCGUUACAAGAGCAGGGUCUACCAGCAGCCCAAUGUAAACGAAAUGCAGAUUGCCAAAAUCCACACGCAGGCCAACUAUAGGAAAUUCAUGGACCACAUUCAGCAUCUCCAGCUGGAUAAAGUGGUAAAGAUGCUGGAGAAAGGCCUCGACCCCAACUAUCAAGACCCUGAUACUGGUGAAACUCCACUGACCUUCGCAGCCCACCUUUACAAUGUGGAGCAGGUCAUCGUUGUAUUGAAACAAGGUGGAGCACAUCUGGACUUCAGAUCACAAGACGGGAUGACCGCUCUCCACCAUGCGGUCAGGGCCAAGAAUCAGGCCGUGCUGAAGGCUCUACUGGACCUGGGCGCAUCUCCAGACUACAAGGACAGCCAGAGUCUCACCCCCCUCUACCAUACAGUCUUGGUGGAGGGAGACCCAAGCUGCUGUGAGCUGCUACUGAGGGCCCACGCCACCGUCUCUUGCCAUGAUGAGAACGGCUGGCACGAGAUACACCAGGCAUGUAGAUAUGGACAUGUCCAGCACCUGGAGCACCUGUUGUUCUACGCAGCAGACAUGGGUGUCCAGAACGCCUCGGGAAACACGGCUCUACACAUCUGUGCUCUAUACAAUCAGGAACACUGUGCCAGAGUACUGCUUGUUCGUGGUGCCAACAAGGAAGUGAAGAACUACAGAAGCCAGACAUCAUUCCAGGUGGCCAUCAUCGCGGGGAACUUUGAAUUGGCAGAAUUAAUCAAGAAUCACAAAGAGACUGAUAUUGUGCCUUUCCGUGAGGCGCCGGCCCAACCUGCCCGGCGCAAGCAAGCCCCACGGAGCACCCUCGCUGCACCACGGCCGACGCUCUUGCGCUCCAACAGCGACAACAACCUGAACGUGAACAACCGGUCACCCCUGCCGUCCCCGAGCCACUCUCCCCUGCGUAGCCUCUCCCCCCGCCGGCCCCAGCAACAGCAGAUGCCCAGCCCCAAUGGAACAGUCAGGACCAUGGGGAAGGGGGCUCCCCGUCCUCCCCGCUCACCUUCCCUGGGGCGCCUGGGGGAGGAAGCACGGAGACAGACCCCUCAGCGACAGCCCAGCCCACACAGGGGUCGGGAAGCUUUCUCUGAUGGCAUAGACAGCCAGGGGCCCAAGCGUAAGCUGUACAGUGCUGUGCCAGGCAAGCACUAUGUGGUGACCCAGUCCUACCAACCACAGGCCGAAGGAGAGAUCCCCCUGUACAAGAACGACAAGGUCAAAGUGCUCUCCAUAGGGGAAAAUGGUUUCUGGGAGGGCAGUGCCCGUGGUAACUUGGGGUGGUUCCCAGCAGAGUGUGUGGAGGAGAACAUCCCUAACCAAGUCCAAGAGGAGAAACCAUAUGCCAGGGCAGACAGAGCUGAGAGGAGGAAGCUCUUCAGGCACUACACUGUGGGAUCCUACGACAGCUUUGAUGCGUCAAGCGACUGUGUUAUUGACGAGAAGACGGUAGUUCUACAGAAGAAGGAUAAUGAGGGAUUCGGGUUUGUGCUGCGAGGGGCGAAAGCGGACACGCCUAUCGAGGAGUUUACUCCCACCCCUGCCUUCCCCGCCUUGCAGUACUUGGAGUCUGUGGACGAGGGCGGGGUUGCGUGGCGGGCGGGGCUUCGCAACGGAGACUUCCUCAUCGAGGUGAACCAGGAAAAUGUGGUGAAGGUGGGCCACAAACAGGUGGUCAAUACGAUCCGACACGGGGGAAACCGGCUCAUCAUCAAAGUGGUGACGGUUAGCAGGAAUCUGGACCCUGAUGACACGGCUAGGAAGAAAGUGCCCACACCUCCGCGUAGGGCUCCCUCCACUGCCCUGUCCAUGGCCAUGCGCUCCAAAUCCAUGACAUCAGAGCUGGAGGAGCUUGCCACGUUGAGGAAAAAAGUGAGCGGUGAUAAAGUGGACGAGAACAUGCCUCCUCAGAAGCCUAUGUGGGAGAACUCCAAUGUUGACGUAAGGGUCGCUAACACAGUCAAGUCACGGCCCAACAGCAGGUGCUUCGCCAUGAGCCCCGAGAUGAAUUCCAUGUGUGAGAGCCAGGAUAUGUUGAUGCAGACCCAGACCCAGACCCAACCCAGAGAUCCAGGAAGUCCCAGAGGUCGAGGACCCUACCUGGGGGUGCCAAACAGACAGGGGACCAUGAGACGACAGAAGUCCAUAGGAACAUCUGGAAUAACAGAAGAGGAGACCCCUCAGUUUCUGACCCCUCCCAUGUUGAAAUUCACCAGGAGCCUCUCCAUGCCGGACACAUCAGAAGACAUCCCACCCCCACCCGCCAUCUCCCCUCCAUCUCCCCCUUACAACAAUGUCCCCAACCCCCAGGGCAGAGGCUACGGCAUUAUCAGACACUCUGCUCCUAAAGGCACCGCCCCAGAGCGAGGGGACCUCACCGCGGGCGGCAGCGAUGGGUGGAGGGAGCAGGGGAGUAUGUACUACAGAGAGCCCCAGUCGGAACAGUACCAGUCUGAGGACCACCACCACCAACAGGGAAGCCACAGCCCAGGCCAGGGCCUCACAGCCCAGCAGAGCUUCCUGAACCGCAGGGCCCAGAUCCCUGAGAACCCCUACUCAGACCUGGGGAAGAUGGGCAACCUGGGGCUGUUUGCCCCCAACAAGCCCCAGAGGAGGAAGGGCAUGCUGGUGAAGCAGGACAAGAUCGAGGACAGCCCUGAAAAGAUCUGCACCAUCAAAAUCCCAACCAUCAUUAUCAAGGAGCCGUCUACAUCCAGCAGUGGUAAGAGCAGCCAGGGCAGCAGCAUGGAGAUAGAAACUGGCGCCCACGACCAGCUCCGGCCCGACGACGGACACAACCCCAGCAGCCCCUUUGCCACGGCCAUGGCGGGCGCCGUUCGAGAGCGCGAGAGGAGGAUGGUGGAGUCUCACCAGAACUCCCCAUCCUACAGGUUCACCGACCAGGGUGACGAAGACUCGCCUCCCGCCCCAACCCCUCGCCUCCGCCACUCCAAGUCCAUCGACGAGGGGAUGUUCAGUAGUGAUGAACGCCUGCGCCGCAUCAUGGCCCCACCUGCCUCUCUCCUCAACAUCCCCAAAGGAGGAGGCAAUGUGACGAACUUCAAUACCUCAGAGCCCAACAUGGUGAGGGAGCCACUCCACACCCGCACGGGUCACCACAGCCCGGUCAGUCUGCCAAACAAGACCUACACCUCCAGCAGCGGACACUAUGUCCACCCAGUAACUGGGAAGCCUCUGGACCCUAACUCCCCUCUUGCACUGGCUCUAGCUGCACGGGACCGGGCCAUGAGAGAGCAGUCCCAGCCUCUCCCACUGAAGACUGAGCUACCCAAACCUGACCUGAACAAGCCUCUGUUCAUCGACACUAAGCUAAGGACUGGCAUGGAUGCGAGUUUCUCCGCGACGGCCACCAUGGGUCGACCAGGCAGGGCAGGGCUUCGCAGGCAGAUGACCGAGGCCAAGUACGAGACAGAGUCCAAAUACGACCACCCGCUGGCUAAAGACCAGGAGAAGAGUCUAUCCCGGCCUGAGAGAGAAGAGGAGAAGAAGAACAUGUUGAUAGACAACGUGGACACGUCUCAGCAGAAGUCUGCUGGUCUGCUGAUGGUUCACACCACUGACGGAGCCAGGUCUGAGGAGAACAGCCUGUCUGAGGGGGACAGGGACGGGGCAGUGAGUCCGGACAGCACACCCAGCGAGCUCCGGGAUCCCAACCAGCCUAACACCUCCAGAAUGUCCUCCCCUAACCCCCAUAACUCCCACUCUAUGGGCCCUGGUCCCAGAGGUAGUAAGACCAUGAUCACCGUCACCUCAGUAGAUGAGCCGGUCAAACUCCCCUUCGGCAUCCCCCCUCCGCCCUGCGUUCCCUCUGUUGACAUCGACGAUGACUUCUUCGCUGACCCACUGCCACCGCCGCUGGAGUUCGCCAACAGCUUCGACAUCCCAGAGGACCAGAAGGGGGCGAUCGCUGAACUGCUCAAACAGCAUCGAAACGCUGGCAGAGCCUCAUCGUCUCUAGCUCCCUUCUACCCCCAUCACGGUAACACCCCAAGCCACCCUGACCAGAUGAUGAUCAAACGGCCUGCAGUGCUCACUAACUGUAUGCCUCCCAGCUUCACCCCCAACGCCCUGGAGAGCUACGAGCCUAUCAGUGACUCUGGGAUCGAUGUGGAGCCCGACAGCCGUAGUAGUGGAGACCCUCAGAUGGAGACUACGAGCACUGUAUCCACUGUGUCCAGUAUCUCUACGCUGUCGUCAGACGGUGGCGAGAUGCUGGACAACACUUGCACAGUCUAUGCAGACGGACAGGCCUUUUUGGUGGACCGGACCUCAAAGCCAAAAAACAGGCAACCUGCCGCCAACAAGAGUAAUGCACUUUACAAGGACCCCGCCUUGAUGGAUAGAGAAGAGAACCUGAGAACUUUCGGAACACCCUCCUCUGUCCCGCCACCUCCCCCCGGGGCAUGCGUCCACUCAGAGCCCCCCAGAACACCAACGCAAAGGACCUCAAAGCUGUGGGGAGACCCGCCAGGCUCUAACCCCUAUGACAUGCAGAACAAGGACAAGACACCAAAGCCAGGGGAUGGGAUAGACUCUUCUUCCUCAGGAUGUAGGACCGUUUUUGGAUCAAGGGGUCCAGACGGUGGGUCCCUUGCCUCAGGUACACAGCGGAAUACCACAGUCACUUUUGCUGCCCAGCUCGGCCCGAGCGUGCCGGCCCCAUCUCCAAAACGAGAGACCGAGAGUCUCCCCCACCCCCGAGCCCCCAGCCCCAUCCUCUCUCCUCCAGACUCAGGCCUCGGCUGUGCCUCCUCCCUCCCCGCAACCUCCCCCACCCUCUCUGAUGUGUUCGGCCUGCCCACCCCCCCUCUCAGCCUGGGCACGGGGAGCAGCCGCUCACCCUCCCCUCUCACCCUCAUGCAGGCCGUCUCCAACAAGCCUUUUGCCACCAAGCCGGUUCUGAUGUGGAGCAAGCACGAUGUGGCCGACUGGUUGGAGAGCCUAAACCUGGCAGAGCACAGAGACACCUUCAUGGACAACGACAUCGAGGGCUCCCAUCUGCCCAGCCUGCAGAAGGACGACCUCAUAGAUCUCGGGGUGACCAGAGUCGGCCAUCGGAUGAACAUAGAGAGAGCUUUGAAACUGCUGAUGGACAGAUGAGAAGAGAGGAUAGAGGUCUCUGUCUCCAACACAACAACUUCACAUAAUAGUUUUAUUUACGUUUACUUAUUUUAAACUAUACUUACUGUAUAAUUCUUAUGAUGAUGCUUGUUUUGUUGAAACUUAGAAAUAUCCUCAUGUAUCCUGAAGAAACUGCAACUUGAAACAGCACUGCAGUUUCCUGAUUAAGCACAAAAGUCCCCCAGGGUGGGAUAGAGCGAUCCCAGGUGAGACACAGCCGCUCUGUCAGUAGAAAGUAAGGAAGCAGUGACCUGGCUGCGAUGUGAAAUACACUACACUAUCAAACAGAACGGCAGCCUAAUCACUACGAGACUUAAGGACUUUUGAAAUCAACCUCAUUUGAAUGCAAAACCAGAGUCAGCUCUGCAGGGGUUUCAUUUUCUAUUGUAUCUCUGUUAGAAAGUAUGUGAACACUGAUCUCUUCAGGAAAAAAGGGUGGGAAUCUGCACUGCACAGGCCCGGCGCUAGAACCAAUCAGUUGGCCGGGCAAAUUUUUUUUUCUUCUCCUAUGUGUGUAAGUGCUUGGCCUCAAGGUACACCCCCCUCAAGCUAAUUGAGCAGUCAGUCUGACUGCAACAUUCUAACAGUGUAAUUAAUACAUUUAAUAUAUGCUAUCGCCAAAAUAAUAAUUUGGCUUGUGUUUAUGGAGGUCUUAAGUAACAUUAGAAUACAACAAAUAUAUUUCAAAAAACACAUUUUCAUUAGUUUAUGUUACUGAGAGAUACAGUAUGUAAAAGGCUGAAAAACACAACGACAAAAAAACAUCCAAAUUCAAGUGUUCAAUAAAUUGUAUUCGUGGAGUGCCUUUGUUACAACUAUGAAACAGAAAGCAUAGGUGUGGGAACGCGGUAACAGCUUAUUUUUAUGACAACAAAAUAAAACACACCCCAACCACCAAGACGCGCGCGGUGUGCAGUCAAACGAUGAAAACAUCAGUAGCCUAAACAUAUAAGCGCCAAGUGUGCUUGAUAAACAGUGAAAAUCAUCACAAAGCAAUAAUGGCAUUUUACAAUGGAUAUACAGUAAGUGUCGAUGACAGCCGUAAGAAAUGGUCAAUUGUCAGUUGGAGAAUGUCCAUCCCAUAUAAACAACGACAGCGCUUGAGGCCUGCUCUUUUAGUGACAACAUUUUGUGCUGCUAUUUGGCCUGUAGCAUUGUCACCGGCUUGUUAUUUUCCAAGCGGUGCCAUCCCUUCCUCUCCCCUGUCUCACCGUUUCACUUGUUGGUGGCGCAGGCACCUGUUCAGUGUGCACCAUUCUGGCUUUUUUUUGGCCUUUACGCCUCGGAGGUGUAGAUUCAGCCUGAGGCUCAGAAUCAGAAGGAUAAUCAUCAGAGAUUUCAUCGUGAUUCAUUUCUUCCCCGCCAUCUGAAUCGUUUUUCAUUCAGAUUUUGUAGCAACGCUUGCCAUUUUAAAUGACGCACGCUCUCGCUGUUUACUCCAAGUAGGCCAGAAUAGGACUGAAAAGACUGCUUGGUUUCGGUGAACUGAUAUAGGGUACAUACUAUUUUGAGGUUAUAAUUGGAAUAGAUCAAUACAAUAGAAUGUUCCGCACUGUUCUUCAUUCAAAAUUGGGGAUUGUAUAAAUAUGUAUUGUUCGCUUCCCCUCGCUCAUCAACUCACCCAUUCCCCACAUCGUGCUUUACUUCGUUUAUUGAGUCUGUGGUAUGUGUGAAAUUCGUUUCAGUAUAGUUUAGGUUCAGAUUCGAGACCGUUAUUGGGGUGGUUAUCAACUGGGCAUGGCACUUAGUCCCAUGCCCAGUUGAUAUCAGGAGUAGAAGGGGAGCAGGCCCUACUGUCGGCAGGGCAGUAGGCAAUUGGGGGGAAAAAACAUGAUAAAACUGGUUCUAACAACAACAGUGUGUUUUAUAGACUUAUUUAGGAAAGGUCAAGGACGAAAGGGGAGAAGUGCAUGUUUUAAAUGAAUGAGCAGUCCAAAUGACCGCUUUAGCGGUGCUCGUGUGGGUUUUUAUAGUAAAGACAUUUAGCUGUAAAAAUGUAUGACCUUUUAAUGUGGCAUGAACACAACCAGUCAUGAUGUUGUCAUCCGAUUGUCCAGCAAAUCACUUCAAGAGAUAGGUUACCUUCGUGCAUUCGUCCAAAAAAGCAUCCGAGUGAGCGAGACAGUGCUCCUCUGUCUUACUCUAUGUAGCCCAUGUAUCUGAUGAGAUCUGGCAACAAAAAAAGAGAAUGACAUGCCAUGCUCUUUAAUUCCAGACACAGUCACAUAUGUGGGAUGCACCUACUGAGACAGAGGGGGCGCUGUUUCGCUCUCUCGGAUGCUUUAUCUGAGAUUGAUGCUGUCUUUAUGUCGGCGCCCGUCUCAGUCAAAUAAAUUAUACGCCACAGUGGACUCGUUAUAAUACCCAUAAAAACACGGAAAUGGUUCAAAUGGUUUUUACGACAUUAAUUGUUCAUUUCGUGAAUUUGACAGAAGGUACGAAUUAAUUGUGUUUGGUGUAGGCUUACCUUGGCGAGACGUUUUGAUAGCCGUGUAAUUCCCUCACGGACAAGGUGAGUUUUAUCAAUAUAUUCGCCUCAAUUUAAUAUAAUCAAUGUGCAAAGCUAGUUAUUGAUAAACAUUUACUUGUCCGGAGAGAUUUGCGCGGCUAUCAAAACGUCACUCCUCGCUAAGCCAACACAAAACACAGACCUUUAUACGAAGUAGUUCUAAGAUCCCAGACACAAAAAUGAAUGGUGACAAAAAUGAUUUCAAUCAUUUCCUGGUUUUAUGACUCGUACUGUGUUACUCAAUAGGGCUUAGGGGGUGGGCCAACGCCGGCCAUGGCCCUGCAGUGUCAUUCAUUUUUCUCUCUCCUUUUUAGCGGGAUAUAGUUUGAUUUGAGGGACAGUGCAGUGUUUUCUCAGACGAAGGUAUUGCACAUUUCUACUCCUGAAAGGGAGAUCACAUCAGAUGGAUUUCAAAAUAGGUACAGUAGCAAGUUGUUGCCCUUAGAUUUCACUUGCCAUGUUUUCAACAUACUUUUGAGUUUAAAUAUUUGUUUGUAGUUAUGUUUUACUUGAGGAUGUAAAGUGGAACACAAUACAUAUUGACAAUGUAAAUUCAGUUUAUAAAUCAUUAUACUGUCUUCCACAGGAAGCUGAAAUGUGUGCCAACAGCUCUCCCUACUGUUGUCUUCUGGACAUGACAUGGCAGAGAGAGCAGAGCUUGGCAGUCGGGGCUUUCCAAUCGUUAUCACCAACCAUCAUCCUUUCUUUCGCAGUCUUCUAUGUCCUCUGAGAGGAAUAAUACACACAUUAUCACAUUAGGUUAUUACUAUACCCUGCACUGACGUUUAGGGCUUUGGGAUUGAAGACUCAGGAAUGGAUUACCCUAGUUCAACAGAGUAGCAGGGAUGGGGUCCAUUUCAAUUCAGGAAGUAAAGUGAAAUUCCAAUUCUACAUUUUUCUCAUAGAGAAGCAUUGAAGAGAAUGUCAGUUUACUUCCUGAAUUUAAAAGGAAUUUAAACCAACACUGCAGAAUAGGCAUGUUUCUGAAGACGAACAUCAGUCACGUUUAUGCAACGAUGAGAAAAGUAGGCGAACAAACACUAAAGCUGGAAUUUCCUUUUCCCCUUCCCCUAGAAUAGGAAUAGUUAAACUUGUUUGGCAAUCGAAGAGAGGCAGAUACCUCUAAGAAUCAAGUUGCUAGAAAUGUUGUAUGAUUAUUGAAGUAUUAGAGAUAGUAUUUAUUCUAUGAUGGUAUUUUGAUGUGUUUUGUUGAUGAGGAAGAAAGUUGUAGAUACCCACAGAGCUCAACAGGAUGAUAGCUUCUUUAUAGAAUUAGGUGAUGCUUUUAGGGGGGAUUUUUACUCCCAGUGACUGCUGUUCUGGAACACAUGGGAGCUACAGGACAUUUGCUAAACCAUGUGCCAUUGGGACUUCGUUGACAGGUCUCUUUUAUACAACACGUCUGAAACUGGCCAAAUCCAAAACAGUAUCACCAGAAUAAGAAUGUCCUGAAGUGCAGCAUCAUUUCCCUCCGUGUUCUCAAGGCAAUGUUUCCUAAAGCAUACUUAAUGUGUACAGUAUUCAUCUACGACUGUCCGAUGACUGUAGUAUGACCUCAUAACAGAAAAGUUCCAGUGCGAUAGGCUGCAGAGGGGUACUUGUCAGUUGUCACUGUUGACACGCGGGCACACGUUGAGAUGAGAUCUUAUGUUAAGAACCACAGGAACAAGAACGAGCACAGUAUUUUUGAUUACGCAGAGAUAUUUAAUGUUAGGAUAUAUUCCUAUCCGUGUUGUUGCCAUAUCAACCCUGAGCUGUGGUUAGGUUUUCCAAAAAAAGAGAUAUGGUUAAGAAGCAAUAUAAUAUCAAUUCUGUUUCAAGUUGUUGUUUUUCUUAUUCUUUUCCAGGGGAAUAAUUAUACAUGUAACAGGAUUUCAAGUCUAUCUAUUUUUAAAAUUGACAUAAAUAAUUGUGUUAUAAUCCAUAAUCUUAUAGAGCAUAUUUGAAACUUUUAGCAAUUGAUAGUCAUGUAUUUACAAAGCCUCUGUAAUUAUUAAAAGCUGAUAUGAACUGA